AAACACAACUACUUUUAUGAAAGUCAUGAUGAGGUGGCAGACGUUUUAAAGACCCUAACACCGUUGAACGGGAGUCGAAUUGAGUUCUACAAGAACGGUAGACCUUGUGGAGUGGCAUUCACAGACAUCUAUAAAGGCUUCUACCAUCCGGCUGUCUCACUUUUCAAAAAUGCUACUGUACGAUGUAAUUUUGGUCCCAAAUUGCAAUACCUCCCUCCUGGCGCGAAACCCAUGAGUGCUAGAGUUGAUGAACUCUAUGUGGAGCAAACGCUAAGCGACAUCUUAUUUCUUGUAUCUAAUGGACACCAUGCUGUGCGUGGUAUAACACAAAAAAUCAUGAAGGUUGUCCCAGUAGGAGCGCUCGAAGACAAUUAUAUGUACCUUGUGUACAGUGAGAAAGAUCGAAAAGGUUUUGCAGUGGAUCCAGUUGAGCCGUCGAAACUUAAAGCGGCUGCAGAGGAACAUAAGGUGAACUGUUUUAGAAAUUCCGUAGAGUUCGGAACAUUUAUAGUAUUGACAGCUCAGCUAAAUUGGCCACAAUGCGACUCUCGGCAAUCUGUUGUGAUGUGCUAA